AACUAGUGGCAGGCACGGUGGUGCCCUUCAAGUCAUUCACUGCCAAACACAUCUGAUUCUUUCUUGGCUCUUGAGUCCCAACAAGAGCUGAACAAGUGGAUUCAUUUUUUUGCUUUCCUGAUGAUAUAAUAACAUAAGCAAGAGGAGCAAAGGCAAGAAUUGUUUGUCCUAAGGAGACCUCACCCAUUUUCCUAAGUAGUACCAGAUCAAGACAAUAACCUGAAGCUGUGUUUCUAGGUUCUUGGCGUCUGUUAUUUCCUUUGGACUCUGCUCGGAUGGGAGUGAAGAGAGCGAAUUCCUCUCUGUGCUGCGCAGUUUUGCUCGGCUUGUGGGCUAGUGUGCAUGGGUUGAUCUCUCCUAAAGGAGUCAAUAAUGAAGUUCAAGCUUUGAUGGACAUAAAGCGUUCGCUAGUGGAUCCUCACGACCUUCUGAACAAUUGGGACGAGAACGCGGUCGAUCCUUGUACCUGGAAUAUGAUCGUAUGUGAUGCUAGUUUCGUCACUUCUCUAGAAAUUCCGAGCCAGAACUUAUCUGGAACGCUUUCGCCUAGCAUUGGGAACUUGAUUAAUCUUAAGAAUUUGCGCCUUCAGAGCAACGACAUUUCAGGAUAUAUUCCUUCCGAGCUUGGCAAGCUCCAGAAACUCGAAAUGCUCGACGUUUCCAACAACUCCUUCUCUGGUGAAAUUCCUAGCGAGCUGUCCCAUCUCAAGAACCUCCUACAACUGAGAAUGAACCAUAAUAACCUGUCGGGGGCAAUUCCAGCAUCCUUCACUAACAUGACCCAGCUUGCUCUUUUGGAUCUAUCUUACAACAAUUUGAGCGGUCCGAUGCCUAAAUUGCACGCGAAAACAUUCAAUCUUCUGGAGAAUCCAAUGUGCGGCGGCAGACGCGAGGAGUGUUUCCGGACUCCACCGACACCAAUUAUGUUUAGUGGGAACAAUUCACUAAAUUCUCAGCCUUCUGGGAGACCCAAAAGCCACAAAGUAGCCUUGGCCGUUGGUUCAACCCUUAGUUGCAUCUCCCUACUCAUCUUCGGAUUCGGCUUCCUUUUCUGGUGGAGGCGAAGGCACAACCAGCAGAUCUUCUUCGACGUAAAUGAUCAACAUCACGAAGAAAUCAACUUGGGAAACUUGAAGAAGUUUCACUUCAGGGAACUUGCGAAUGCGACAAACAAUUUCAGCAGCAAGAACUUGAUUGGAAAGGGUGGUUCAGGGAACGUGUACAAAGGGUGCCUCAGGGAUGGGAUGGUGGUUGCGAUCAAGAGACUGAGAAAUGUCAAUGCCAUCGGAGGCGAGAUCCAGUUCCAGACAGAACUCAAGAUGAUCAGCCUAGCGGUGCACCGCAACCUUCUCCGGCUCUAUGGGUUUUGUAUGGCCACAACAGAGAGGCUUCUCGUAUACCCCUACAUGUCCAACGGCAGCGUUGCUUCUCGUCUCAAAGCCAAACCAACCUUGGAUUGGAGCACAAGGAAAAGAAUUGCACUUGGUGCAGCAAGGGGGCUUUUGUACCUGCAUGAGCAAUGUGACCCCAAAAUUAUACAUAGGGAUGUUAAGGCCGCAAAUAUAUUGCUAGACGUGUACUGCGAAGCUGUGGUAGGAGACUUUGGAUUGGCAAAGAUCUUGGAUCAUCGGGAUUCCCACGUGACCACCGCCGUGAGGGGCACCGCAGGGCACAUUGCUCCAGAGUACCUGUUGAGCGGGCAGUCCUCUGAGAAAACUGAUGUUUUCGGGUUUGGAAUCCUUCUGCUCGAACUGAUUACUGGCCUGAGAGCUCUUGAGUUUGGUAAAGCAGCGAACCAGAGAGGGGCCACGCUUGAUUGGGUUAGGAAGAUUCACCAGGAAAAGAAGAUAGAGAUGCUAGUAGACAAGGACCUCAAGGACAAUUAUGAUCGGAUCGAGCUUGAAGAAAUGGUCCAAGUAACUCUUUUGUGUACCCAAUACCUUCCAACUCAUCGGCCCAAGAUGUCCGAAGUUGUCAGGAUGUUGGAAGGCGAUGGUCUCGUGGAGAAGUGGGAAGCUUCUCAGAGAGCUGAUUCAACGAGGUGCAGAGCAGCAAACGAGUUCUCCUCCUCCGAGCGUUACUCCGAUCUCACCGAUGACUCCUCUUUGCUCAUACAGGCGAUGGAGCUUUCAGGACCAAGGUGAAGAAGUAACUCAAGAUGGCGAAGAGCUAUGGAAGAAUGGAAGGAAUAUGAAUAACAUGAUCAUAACUAAGUCAUGUAUAGCAACAUUAAAAUCAAUGCUAAGAGUGUACUAAUGUUUCGCUGUAUAGAUUCUGAUCCGUGGACUGCAUGAUCAGAUUAAGCAUCACAGAUCGAUUCUCAA